GCAUGGAUGGAACCGAUUUGAAUAAAGGAACCGACACAAACCCUAGCUGACUGUAAAUCUCUCCUCUGGCGCUCGUCAUAAAAAUCAAAUUAGGGCUAGAUUUUUCAAAAUUAGGGUUUCUUAAAUUUAAUUAAUUAAAUGGCAAAGAAAGAGAAGCGAAAAGCGAAAAUCAAAAUAGUCGAAGAAGAAGAAGAGAAGCCGAAGAAAUUUGCAGCAGAGGUUAGUAGCGACGAUGAAGAGGCGAAUGAAGAUCUGAGCUUGAAGAUUGUAGAGAAAUCACUGUUAAUGCGAGCGGCGAGAUUGGCUGAAAACGGCAACGGUUUUGUCGUUCUAGAUGAUGGUGGUGAUCGAGACGGUGGUGCGGUGGAGAUAGAGUCGACGCCGUCAAUAGAGGCUGAAUCGGCGAGUGCGGGUUCCCGCGGGGUGAAGAAGAGGAAAAAGAGAAAGAAUGCUGAGAGGAAGAUGGAAGUUUCAGUUGUUACUGCGAAAGAAGAAGAGGAGGUGGAUAAAAUUGAAGAGGCGGAAACAGUUGACAACGCAGAGAUAAUGGAGAAGGCAGAGAAGAGUGAGAAGGUAGAGGUAGACGAGGCUGCAGAACUGGUUGAAGACGGUGGUGCAAAUGCAGUUGAGGACUCUGUUAAUAUUGUGCUCCGAAAGCUUCUUCGGGGGCCACGGUACUUUGAUACUCUAGAUAGUGGCUGGUCAAAUUGCUAUAACUGUGGGGAGGAAGGUCAUAUGGCGGUGAACUGUCCGACAUUUACAAAGAAGAUUAAGCCAUGCUUUGUUUGCGGGAGUUUGGAGCAUGGGGCUAAGCAAUGCACUAAGGGACAAGAUUGCUUUAUUUGCAAGGAAAGUGGCCACCGUGCAAAAGAUUGCCCAGAGAAAUAUAAGGGUACUCAUCAGAGUUCAAAAAUAUGUUUGAAAUGUGGGGGAUCCGGGCAUGAGAUGCUCUCAUGCAUGAACGAUUAUUCUGUUGAUGAUCUCAAGGAAAUACAAUGCUACAUCUGCAAGAGUUUUGGCCAUUUAUGUUGUUUUACCUCUGGUGAUGAUGGUCCAAGACAAGUUUCUUGCUACAGAUGUGGUGAACUGGGUCAUACUGGUUUGGACUGUGGAAGGUUACAUGAGGAAGCCUCUAUGACAGAAUCACCUAGUUCAUGCUACAGAUGUGGGGAAGGAGGGCAUUUUGCACGUGAGUGCACCAGUUCUGCUAGGGGUGGGAGGAGGAACCGUGAAUUAUUAACCCUGACUCUAAAAGCUCAUAGAGAAAAUAAAGAAAGCUUGGGAAUUAAAUCUGCCCCACAUGAUCUUGUCAAGGCUCGUAAAAAGAGAAAAACCAAGUCCGAAGAGAAAGGCAUUACAACACCGCCAAAAUCAAAACAUAAAGGUCACCACAUUGCAGAGCAUCUAACAAAUUCAUCCCAGUCAACACCAAAGAAAUCAAAACACAGAGGUGGAUGGAUUAUGGAGGAUCCUGGAGAUGUAUCUAAAUCAACACCAAAACAAUCGAAACACAGAGGGGGAUGGAUUACAGAGGAUCCUGGAGAUGUAUCCUGGUCUAAUUCCAAGAACCAUUUCAAUUCUCCUUCAACACCUUCUUACAAGGGUUGCAAGAGUUCUCCUAUGACUUGUGGCCAUCAUAUUUCAAGUUCUCAAACUUUUAAGAAAAAUAACUGGAGUCAUUCAGGAACUUCAGCUUUCCAAGGGUCGGCAACACGUUAUCAGCAUAGAUAUUCAGCAUCCAGGUUUGGCAACCCUGGCCAUGCAUACAGCAACUCUGGCCAUGCAUACAGCAACCCCAGGCAUGCAUACAGUCACUCUGGCCCUGGAUACAAAACUCUGGGCAUGCACACAACAACUCCAGAUAUGCAUAUAGCAACUUCAGGCACGCACAGGACAACUCAGGUUAUGUGCACAACAACUCAGGGCAUGCAUAGAACACCUAAGGCCAUGCAUGUGGCAACUCUGGUUACACAUUUGGCAGCUCUGGCAAUACUGGGAUGAGGAGAGACAAUGGUUGGUGGUAGAAAUGCGAAUUAUAUUCCAACUACUGAAGCGGGGAACCCAAAUUUUUUUCCGGGGGUCGUCUAAGUUAUGUAAUUUUUUGAUCCCUUUAGCGCGCAAGUUAUUGACAAAUCAUUUUUUCAUACAUGGAUGCUCUUGUUCUAGUGAUUUAUACAUUCUUUCCUCAAUGCAUGUAUCCACACACCUUGCUGUAACCUUUGUAGGAUAGGUAGUGGUUUAAGUUGUGAGGAACUUACUUUUACCCCAUUCUUUCUGAAAGAACCUUGUUGAUUUAAAUAUGUCAGAAUCAUUGUCAAUUCUUGAA